GAGAGGGAGAGGGAGAGAGGGUACCGAGCAACGACUGAUGGACGAAACCGUCGCCCUCCCGCGAUCAACGACCGUUCAGGGCUGGUGACGAGUGGCAAGCUUUAAUCGACCACAACCGGGACCGGGACCCACCGGCCAUGCGGGUCACCCUGUGUCAGGCACUGCUGACCGCAGCCAUCGCCGUGAACCUGCUGGUGCUGUACUGGGUGUCCGGGGGCCCUCGGCGCCGACCCCCGGGACCGGGGGAGAGGAGGAGGACGACGACGACCACCGCCAAACCGGACGUCACGGUCCUGAUCCGCGAGUUCGAGGACUUCGAGAACGGAGUGUCCGGAGUGGUUGAGUCCUUCCUGCGGGAGCGGCCGGAGCUGCCGGUGCUGGUGGUGGUGGACCGGCCGCCGCCUUACCCCCCGCUCCGGCUGCCGGUCGGAGAGAACGUGCGGAUGGUCACCCUGGAGCCCGGGCCCGAGCCCGAGGGUCCGGCCCCUGACCGGGACCCCGGGCGGCUCGAGGGGCUCCUGACCACCCAGUUCGUGCUGCUGGUGCCGGACGGGGCGCGGCUGGACUCCGCCCGACAGCUGCAGCGGCUGGUGCGGGAGCUGGAGGCCGGACGGGCGCGGCUCCUGGCGGCCCCUCUGCAGACCCGGACCCCCCACCGCGACCCCCACUGCCUGAACCUGACUGUCAACCUGAGGGAGUGGACGGCGGUCUACGCCCCGGACCCCCGAGGCCGGAGCUGCGGGGCGGUGGCGGGAGAGGCCGUGGUGCUGCUCCGCAGCCGGGACCUGCUGACCCUCUGGCGGCCGCUGGCCAGGCCGCUGCUCCCCGCCCUGUACCUCCAGGCCUCGCUGCGGGGUUGGCCGGUCCAGCUGACCGCCCCGGGCCUGGCCUUCUCCUCCCGACACCGCUCUCUCUUCGCCUCGGACCACAACCGGCACAAGGCCGAGCAGCGCGGCCACCAGCGCUGGGCCACGUUCCUGGGGCAGGUGGGGGUCAAGAGGGUGGUCGCGGCGGACGGGCGGGAGCGCUGGUUCGGCUGCGGGAAGGACACCCCCCGGUGUUUCGGCACUGUGGCCGCCGACACCCCCGACUACCUGUACCGGGGCCGCUGGACCCCCCCGUGCUGCCUGCGGGCACUGCGCGAGACCACUCGGCGCGUGACCCGAGUCCUGGAAGCGUCGGGGGUCCGUUACUGGCUGGAGGGGGGGUCGCUGCUCGGGGCGGUCCGCCACCGGGACAUCAUCCCCUGGGACUACGACGUGGACCUGGGGCUCUACCGGGAGGACGUGGCCAAGUGCGAGGCGCUGAGCGGUCUGUCCGCCUCGGGAUCGGUGGUGGACGAGGAGGGCUUCGUGUGGGAGAAGGCGGCGGAGGGAGACUUCUACCGGGUCCAGUACAGCCGGAGCAACCGGCUCCACGUGGACCUCUGGCCGUUCUUCCCCAGGGACGGGGUCAUGACCAGAAGCGGUUGGACCGGCCACAGGCAGGACGUGGAGUUCCCCGAGCACUUCCUGAAGCCCCUGGUGGCCAUCCCCUUCGCCGGGGGGAGGGUCCUGGCCCCCAACAACCCGCGCCGCUUCCUGGAGCUGAAGUUCGGAGUGGGGGCGAUCGAGAACCCCGAGUACCCCAACCCACUGGAGAAGAGAUUGGCGAAGAUGGAGGAGGUCCCCGAGCUCUUACAUUGACUCGGCGCUGAUGUUCGGAGCGAGUGGGGGG